GAUUGAGACUCAUCAGCUGCUCUGGAAAAAUGUCCCUUGUGUGAAGAAAAAAAACCAACAACAACCAAACAACAAAUCCCAAACAAACCAAAAACCAAACCAAAUAGAAAAAACACCAGCUCCUUUGCCAUGUACCAGUCUGCCUUUGUGCCGCAGGAGUAUUACCCAACCAUGAUCCCACCUUCUGCAUACACCUACCGACCACUGCGGACUGGGAGAGCAGAAGACAUGACCAGCUCUGUGAUGUUCCCUCCCAUCCACAUGCACAACUUCUACACUCGACCCAUCACCUUUGUGGUGGACCGGAACAGCUACCCUGAUUAUGUGGGAAGUCAGGUGGAGUAUCAUCAUCUCUACAGUGCCUCUAAUCCCUACUUCCAUCCAUACUACACCUGGCACUUCCCUCCCAUGGUCCCUGUCCCUCUCUACAAUCCCUAUGCUACCUACCAGAGGUCAGAUCAGUAUCGAGACACGUGGCCAGAAGGCUUCACAAUGAGAGGGGAGCUUCAAUGGGGGAAGCUUGGAAAGGUGUUUGGACCAAGGAAAGACCUUCCAGAAUUUGUGAAGGAUGAUCUCCGGAGGGUUUAUGGCACCUACCCACGGACCAGCGUCUCCAUAACCUACCGGAAAGGGGAGUUCUUGAUCAAAGGAGACCCCAAGGUAGGAGAGCAAGAAUAUGCAGUGGAAAAAAAAGUCAUCCAGCGGGCUGUGACCCCCAGUGCCAGUGAGGCAGAUGACAGCAGUGAGGAUCGGAACCGUAAGAAGAAAAAGAAACUCAGACAUUGAUGUAGUCAGUUACCUGACGGACAGAUGCUCCAGAGCCCUCCUGGGAGCCAGUUGG